UAUAAAUCUUUGAUGAAUAUUGAAAUGUAACGUAUUUUAUUUGUUUAAAAGUCUGUGGUGCUUAGGGUUCUGUGCAUGAAUAGUGAACAACUGAGCAAGUCAGCAACUGAGCAAGUGAGUAACUGAGCAAGUGAACAACUGAGCAAGUGAACAAGUGAGUAACUGAGCAAGUGAAGAACUGAGCAAGUGAACAAGUGAGUAACUGAGCAAUCUAAGAGAGCAAGUGAGCAAUAUGAGUGAACAUGUUCACCAAAAUGAGCAAUGUUUACCCAACAUUACCCCAGAUAAAGGCAACAAACGGUGUAUUCGCCAACAAGGUGGAGGAGAUGUUGGCCACCAAGACACUCCGGCGAGCAAGCGGCAACGCGGGCCCAAGGUGGCCACCCCCCAGCCGAAGACGAGGAAGCCGAGACAGAAGGCCAUGAGCGAGGUGUCCAAGAGACAUCUCAUUGUGGCCUUUAUCGACUGCAGCGACGAGAACGGGAAGAUGACGCCGGCGCAGUGGAAGUUAGUCCACGCGCAGCUCGUCGAGGCACUGUUCUCGCGAAUGGAGGAGGACCCUAGCGCUCCCAUGCCCACUUUCGAUGGAGCGGGAUGGCUGAACGGGGUCAAAAUCCUCAAGUGUAAUGACGACCCAACGCGGCAGUGGCUGGUGCAGAAGGUGUCCCUACUGGAAGCUCUGUGGGAUGGGGCCAAGCUGGAGGUGGUGAUCCUGACCGGGCUGAUCCCGUCCAUACCAAUAGCGAAGGUGCUCUUCCCCAUUGCUGUCCAGGGGGAGCGAGCCCUGAAGCUGCUGCAGAGGCAAAAUCCGGACGUGCCAAAGGCUGACUGGAAGGUUCUGCAUGCCGGUAGCCCACUACCCAACGAGGGGGGCCAGCACGUGAUCCUCCAGAUCAGCAAGGAGGCGGAGGACAUCUUGUAUCCCAAGAUCGGGAAGAUGGCGUGGGGCGUAGGUAGCGUCUACCUACGGCUGAAAAAGCGCCACCCCGAGGACAAAGAUGCGCACACCCUCCAGGCGAGGUCGAGAAGGACCUAGGUCUGGAGACCUUAGUGGAGGCCGCCCAGGAGGAGGA